GCUGUGCCCACAAAAUGAAAAUAACAUUAACAAAGAUGGCGCCGACUGAGCUAGAAAAGUGUUGAGAGCAACAAACGAUGCAACUACAUAACAGUGUAUGUUUGCCAACUAUUUGGGAAUAUUUCGUGGCCGAAACUCUGCCUUGACAACGGGAAUAUAUCUUGCAAAUUUCGAGGUUUCCCACAGGACCUCUGAGAUAAAAUAUAAAGCAAACUGGAACUGUUUGCCAACUAGCAGUUGAAGUAGCCUUAGCAUCGCGAGCGUAAGCUAACUGCGGAAGGAAAGCAAGGGGGACGCGGUUCGAAGUACACGGCGACACAAGUCGAGCGCUAUCUUGUAAACCAAACAACUUUUGCUUCCGGCACCGUGAGCAGUCUCGCCGGGACUGCAGUGCGGAUCACGUCGUCUAAAACAGAGGUCGGUAAAGCGAGCACACCGCUGAAGAGGAAAUCUGUAAAACGAGGUGGGAAAGCCGUUUUAGCUGACCCGACGCCAUGGCUCACUCUCCGAUACAAAGUGGGCUUCCGGGGAUUCAGAACCUCAAAGCCGAUCCAGAGGAGCUUUUUACCAAGCUGGAGAGGAUAGGCAAAGGGUCCUUUGGCGAGGUGUUUAAAGGCAUUGACAAUCGCACUCAGAAGGUGGUGGCCAUUAAAAUAAUUGACCUGGAGGAAGCAGAGGAUGAGAUUGAGGACAUCCAACAGGAAAUCACAGUUCUCAGCCAGUGCGACAGUCCUUUUAUCACCAAGUACUUUGGAUCCUAUCUCAAGGGAACAAAAUUAUGGAUUAUUAUGGAAUAUCUGGGCGGAGGAUCUGCCCUUGAUUUGUUGGAACCGGGCGCCCUCGAUGAGACGCAGAUUGCCACCAUUUUGAGAGAAAUCUUAAAGGGGCUUGAAUAUCUGCACUCUGAAAAGAAAAUUCACAGAGAUAUCAAAGCGGCCAAUGUGUUGCUGUCGGAACAAGGUGAUGUCAAGCUGGCGGACUUUGGUGUGGCGGGCCAGCUUACUGACACGCAGAUAAAGAGGAACACAUUUGUUGGUACGCCUUUCUGGAUGGCGCCUGAAGUCAUAAAACAAUCGGCGUACGAUUCAAAGGCAGACAUCUGGUCGCUGGGAAUAACGGCGAUAGAGCUCGCUAAAGGAGAGCCGCCCCACUCUGAGCUCCAUCCCAUGAAGGUUUUGUUCCUCAUCCCAAAGAACAAUCCACCCACGCUGGAGGGCAACUACAGUAAACCACUUAAAGAAUUUGUGGAAGCCUGUUUGAAUAAAGAGCCUAGUUUUAGGCCAACUGCCAAAGAACUGCUGAAGCACAAGCUGAUCGUACGGCAUGCCAAAAAGACAUCCUAUCUGACAGAAUUGAUCGACAGGUACAAGAGGUGGAAAGCAGAGCAAUCGCGAGAUGAAUCCAGCUCAGAGGAAUCAGACGAGGAGACGCAAGGACAAGCAUCCGGAGGCGACGCUGCUGCCAAUGACGACUGGAUCUUCAACACCAUUAGGGAGAAGGACCUGAAGAAGGUGCAGAAUGGGACUGUGCAGCCUGCUGAGUUGGAAAUGAAACCGAAUUUACAGGAGCAAGAGAGUCUAAAGAGGCCUUUGUCGCAGAGUUUAUCAUCCAUCUUCUCUCCGUUGUUUUCUGAGUUGAAAGCCAAGGGAGAGAUCAGCAAUGGGAAGCCCGAGGCUGCAGAGGCGCUGCAGGAGGCCAUUUUACUGGCUGAAGACAUGCAUCCGGGCGUGUGUGACUCACUGGUGGCUGAACUACUGCAGAGACUUCAGAGGUUUUCUGUGCCUCAGACUGCUGCCAAUCAUUGAGAAGAAGCACAACUGCGCACUUUGGUGUGGACGUAUGGAUGAAGGCAUGCAAACCUUAAGGAUCUGCUCACCAUCACUCAUUAGCCUCCUAGUGCACACGACCACCACUAGAGGGCCCUACUAUGAGCAGGGGAGUGUGUCCGGUUGGAGGAGAGUGGACUUAAGCCAUCCAUCUCUCUUGAGCUCUUAAUUUGGAGGUGUGUGUGUGUGUGUGUGUGUGUGUGUGUGUGUGUGUGUGUGUGUGUGUGUGUGUGUUUGGGUGUAGGUGUGGGUGAAGUGUUCUUUUGAAAACUCAGGUAUCCUGCUUUUAAGGUCCUCUGGGAGGUCAAAUGAGCUCUAUAGGAUGGUUGUACAAACUUGUAAAUAAGCACAUUUCUACAGAUACGAGAACAAAAUGAUAAUAAUGGUAAUAAUUCUAAUAAUAAUGUGGUUGUACAAAUGGCCAAACGCAGACUGUAGAUAAUAUUGGUUGUGAGGUAAAUAUUUACAGAGUAGAAGGGCCAUACAUGAGAUUGCCUUCUGACAGUAUAUCAGUCUUCGAUUUGUCAACGUCAGUGAAGCCUUGUACUCACGGCUUCGGUGUUCGUACAUUCAAACCCCAUCAUUUCAUGUCAGGUGUUAUGAAACAUCCUUUCUGGAUCAUUCCCACACAGCAAGCUUUCCCAAAAUGCGUUGCAGGUCUUUUUUUUGGGGGGUGGGGGGGGGUCAGUAUUAAAAUGCUGUUUAUCUUUUUAUUUUUAAGUUGAUUGUCAGCCACAUGUUGACAAAGGGCUUUGGGAUUCUGUGUGUUUGAGUACAUUGCUGUCCUGUGUGUUUUUGUCAGUAGUUCGUGUACAGUAUGUGAUUAACAUAUUUCAAUAAAUUGGAAUCUUGUAGAAAAGUUCAUUUAGUUCAAUUCAAAAAGUCACACUCAUUGAAUGAAAUACAGUGGACCCCCCCCCCCACAUACUUGUUGUGCGGCACAAUUUUUUUCAGUAAUUGUUUCACCCCACCCCCAUUUCCCCCCCCCCCUCCCUUUUUGGGGGGGAACCAACAACGAAAACGCGUAUUGCUGGUUUACAUACGAUUUAUUUUAUUUUUUCUCAAUACAAUUAUAAUGGGCAUCAAUUAUCCGCUGAUUUUCGCUAUUUGCGGUCCGGCCCGGUUCCAAUCCCCCGAGAAUAGCAUGGGUCCACUGUAUUUCACUCUGUGUGAAGUGAAUCUAUAUGAAUGUCACUUUUUGAAUUUAACUACCAAAAUACAUUUUCUACGAUAUUCAAAUGUAUUGAGAUGCACCUGUAUUUGAGUAUGUUGAGGUUCAUGGGAGUAGGCAAAUUUGUCAUCUUGGUGCUGAGCUGGAAAAAAGUGGGACUCCCUCCCUGCCUUAGACUGUCUGAAAGAAGUGCCAAUGGAUUUGCUAUUCCUCCACUUGAGUACUUUGGCUGUGCUGACUUUUGCUGGAGGACCAGAGGAUGUUUCGAAAUGUCUGGAUCUUGUACAAGGAAUGGCCGUUUGUAUGGGCGUGAUGCAAUACGCCCACUUUUUUCAUACAUUCCUUUAUUUCUUCAAGUUGUUUUCCUGCCUUUGCUGCGUGACUGACUUUAAUUCUUUUCCCCGUUGAUUGGCUUCGGAUUGCAGUGUGCUCGUCCACUUUGCGAAUCGUCACACAGUCUUCCUCUGAUUGCACUUGGAGUUCAAGAAAUGCCUUUUAACUUUUUGGUAGCCGUACAAAACACACAAAGAAUGAGACAGUAUAUGUGGGACAAUGGAAAAGCUAAGGGGGUACAGUGACUUGUAAGGAUGCAGAUGACGUGUACAGUAAAUAGGAGAUUAGCACGAUGGGUGUCCAGACAACGGCCCAGGGGUCAUUAUUUAGCAGCUAAAGACUGACUGCGACAUUAAAAAAAAAAAAAGGCAGCAUUAAAAAUGUCAUCCACUACUAGGCAGACUGCUACUAGUAAAUUGGUUUUAAAAAGAACUUUUCUCAAGACACAAAGACUCUUACGACUAAAGUAGUGACACAAUUUCUCUUUAAUUCAGUUUUAGAAGCAAAAAUGCCUCCCCCCCCCCCACCCCCCUUUCUGCUGCAUUACAGUUCCAAUUUGUGAACAUAGCACAUUAAUAAUCUUCAAGUAAACACCACUUUAAUGAUUGGCUGACCACAGAUUGCUCUCUUAUAUUCUGAAUGUGCAGAUGUGCUCAGUAUACGGGCGGAUCUAGUUUUGUGUCAUAAAGGGUCGUAAUCCACGUCAAAAUCCAGAACAAUCCUCUUAACUAGUUGCCUUCUUGCUGUGACACAGGAGUUUUUCCCAAAAUAAAUACAACAUAUAAACAUUAGAUAAUAGCUUGAAUGGUUUUAGCCUGUUUAAUAAUGAUUUAAAAGUGGCCCUUGUAUUCUUAAAAAAAAAAAAAAAAUUCUAAAAGAUUGGACCCCCCCCCCGCCCCCCCCGGAUUAUAGAGCUGUAAUUGAGCAAUGGUUGAGUCGGUGUGACAGUACAGCAGUAUGAAGUCCGGCGGUCGGACUCUUCACGUAUGCGUUUUAGCACACGUGAAGCAGGAUGCCUUCCGUGCUGAUUGCUGACUUGACUUGAAUCAGCCUUAGGUGAUGUGACGUGAUGGUGGGGGGAAAGUAUAGGAUCAGCUUUAAAAUGCUCAAAUCGAAAUUCCGCUGCAGAUGCAUUGCUGGACGCUCUGACUAAAAUAGGAACUUUUUUUGUGUUUUUUUGUCACAGUGUUAAUGAACAAUUAAGUCCUCAAAAUCAAAUAUUUACAGUUGGCUGACUGGCUGGCUGGUGUGUGCUUAUGUUUCACGUUUUAUGUUCGUGCUCCAGAGUGAAAUGUGCCACGUGAGAACUCAUUUCAACAAAUUCAAUUAUGAUUUGCACCUUUUACAUGCUCAAAAUGCUCAUUUUAAUUGCAUAUUUUUUUGUGUUGCACUUUGUCUGAUUUUUAUUUGGUUGCUAAAAUGUGGUACUUGAUGUUCUUUCGUGCUUACACUGCUUCUAUUGUCAUUUCGCUUCCCAUUUCGUGUGUUAUGGCAAUAAAGCACAGUGUGAUGGCCAGGAUUGUCUUAGCGCAACUAUAUUCUUUCGAACUAUUUUUAUAACCCAGAGGGGAGCAGUAUUAUUUAAUAGCGCUAGUAAAGUUUGGUGAUGUGUCCCUAAAGAAUCGGUAAACACUGGAAAGCAAAUGUACAUUUUAUGUGAUGACUCCAAUAGACAUGUUUGUUCAUUUGAGACAGUGCUGUUGGGUUUAUUGGACGUUGUCAAAUGAUUAUGACAGAAAUAAAAAUCUAGCACAGAU